ACGAGCGGGCGGCGGCGGGGCGGCGGCGUCAGCGGGGCGGCGGGUUGUGCGGGGCCCGGCGCGGCCAGGGCCAGGCACACCACUCCACUCUGUUACGUCAGCACGGCGGCGGCGGCGGCGGCGACGGGCGUGUGCCGUGUGUGCGCGGCUGGGCGGCGGCAGCAAGGGCAGCAGGUGGCGAGGGCGGUCUCUUGCAGGCGGCGGGCGGCCUCGUGCGGGCGAUGGGCGGCCGUGGUGCGGGCGGCGGGCGGCGGGCCAUGGCGCGGUGCGCGGGCCGCGCGGCAGCUGUCGGCGGUUUGAACGCGGCGGGGCAUGCCGGGAGCGUGACGUCGGCGGGCCUCGCGCGUGCGCAGUUCAGUGUGCUGGCGAGGCUGGGGCCACUAAGAUGGCGGCCAGUAACAGCCUGGACGAGGUGUUGUGUGCAGACGUUGAUCCGAGUGCUGUCACCGCCAUUGUCGGGCCCCGCGACGCCCCGCUGGCUGCCCCAACGAAGGCCGCGGCGACGCAACCAGUGAACGGCAGUGCCAAUGGCGGGAUAAGUAACAAUGCCGCGGUGCUAGUGGAAGGCAGAACCAACGGCGGUAAAAUAGGGGUCAGAGGCCCGGCGGUGAGCGGGGGGAAGGUGGUGUUGUCUGGCGUGGGCGCCGUGCAGGCUGCUGGCGGCCAGGGUGUCGGGGCUGUGGGGGGGCCGCAGGGGGGCGCCGCCCUGCAAGGCGGCGGCGAGCAGCAGCAGCAGCACCAGCCACAACUACAACUGCAGCAGCAGCAGCAUCACGGGCUGCAGACGGCGGCGGCGGCGGGGAGCAGCACCAAGGGCGCCGCGGGGGGCAGGCCGGUGUAUGGGGUGGUCCCCACGCCCAUGACAGGCGCCCAGGGCACACAGGUGGUGAACGGGGGCGUGAGCGGGGCGGGGACGGGCGCGGCGCCCCAGGGCAGCCUGCAGAGCCAGCUGGCCCUGAAGGGGCUGACCAAGGUGGUGACGGCGGCAGGCCAGGCGGCGGUGAUCAUGUCCAAGCCCGGCCCGGUGACCGCCGUGCCCAACAGCGGGCAGCCCGGGGGCGUGCCCCUCCCGCAGGGCAUGCAGAUCAUCAACAUGAGGCCCGGCCAGACCAUCAAGACCACGCAGGGCACCACCAUAGCCCCUCGCAUGAUCGUCAACCAGGCGCAGGUGCUGCCCGCAGGCAUCAGGCCCGGCCAGCCUGGGCACAUUACCCUCGGGGCGCUGCAGGGCCUUCCCCCCGGGGCGCAGGGCCACUUGCUCGUCAAGACGGAGAACGGGCAGCUGCAGUUGUUGCGGGUAAACACGGCGUCCGCUCAACCCGGCCAGCUCCCGGCGGCCGUCACCACCACCACCACGCUACAUCAAGCGCCCAAUGCAGCGUACAGAUUCCAGCCCCCACAAGCGGGGUCGGUGGCAGUGAGGUCGGUGAUGGCGACGUCUGCCGGGGCACGGCCAACAGCCAUCCUCCUUCAGUCACAAGCCAGUAACACCGCGGCACUGUCCUCCGCCACCACCACCACCUCCAUAGCCACGCAAGCGGUGCCGGCUAUCACUGCCCCCACCACGGUCGCCGUCGCCCAGGGCACUACUGUCGCCGGCACUACCGUUGUCCCCACGCAGGCGACCCAGGCCACCCCCACCCCCGUCACACAGCCCUCCCAAGCCACCUCCGUCGGCUCUCAAACCAUAUCGGCCGAGUCCGCCAAAACCAAAUGUAAAAACUUCCUUGCGACACUGCUGAAGCUGGCGAGUGAGCAGCGCGCGCCGGUGGCCCGUAACGUGCGCACGCUGAUCCAGGGCCUCAUCGACGGCAGGGUGGAGCCCGAGGCCUUCACGGAGGAGCUGCAGAAGGACCUCAACUCAUCGCCGCAGCCAUGCCUCGUGCCCUUCCUCAAGAAAACUUUGCCGUACCUUCGGCUCUCGCUGGCCAAGCACGAACUCACCAUAGAGGGCGUGAGGCCGCCACCCUUCAACGCCGUCAACCCCGUGCCGGGCGUCACCACCGUCAUACCCACACAGAUGUCCGUUGGGGCGCGGCCGGUAGCACCCACCACCUCAGGGGCCGUGCGGAUGGUCACCCCGACUCCCGCCGCGGCCUCAGUCUCCACCGCCACCAUUGUCCAGCGCCCCGCCACCUCCACCACCACCGCCACCGCUGUCGCCGCCACCGCAACGCCCUCCAGAGUGGUGACGCCUGUGCGCAUGCCCGGGGGCAAGACAGUUGUGACCACCGUGCGCCAGAACAGCCCGGCCUCCCUACCCACCGCCGCAACCACCACCAGUACCGCUGCCUCCGCCACAACCGCCACCACCACCGCCGCCUCCGCCACCGCGGCUGCCACGGUGCCGGUGGCCACCAAAACCAUCACCCUGAACAAGGCCCUGCCCUCCAAAGACAAGGACAAGGCCAAGGACAAAUUGUUCACCUAUAGUAGUUCCUAUUCGUCGAGCGGCACAGCGGACGAUGACAUCAACGACGUGGCGGCGAUGGGUGGCGUCAACCUGGGGGAGGAGUCACAGCGCAUCCUGGACUCCACCGGCUUUGUGGGGACGCAGAUCCGGUCCUGUAAAGACGAAAACUUCCUCCUCAGCGCGCCACUCACCCAGCGGAUAAGGCAGAUAUGUUCAAAAUAUGGUCUAGACGAUGCCCCGAAGGACGUGGUGGCGAUGGUCUCGCACGCCACGCAGGAGAGACUCAAGACCAUCGUGGAGAAACUCGCCGUCAUCUCCGACCACAGAUUGGAGAUCAUUAAGCAGUGCGACAGCCGGUACGAUGUAAAGCAGGACGUCAAGGCUCAGCUGCGCUUCCUCGAGGAGCUGGACAGGCUGGAGAAGAAGCGCAAGGACGAGCAGGAGCGGGAGAUGCUUCUACGGGCGGCCAAGUCACGCAGCAAGUCUGAGGACCCCGAGCAGGCGAAGCUAAAAGCCAAAGCGAAAGAGAUGCAGCGUGUGGAGAUGGAGGAGAUGCGACAGAGGGACGCCAACAGGACCGCCCUAAACGCUCUGCAGGGCCCCAAAAAGAAGCCCAAACUAGACCUCAACGUGGUGGACGACGGUGCAACUUUUAGUGGCACGUUCACCCAAAAAUCGAUGCCGCUGCGGCCCCGCAUCAAGAGAGUCAACAUGAGGGACCUGGUGUUCCUGAUGGAGCAGGAGAAGGAGCUCAACAAGGCGCCGCUCCUCUACCGCUCCUACCUCAAGUAGCCGGCCGGGGGGCGCCCGGGUGAUGCUGCUGCCUCUCCUCCUCCCUCCGGGGGGGAAGCGCUGGGCUGUGCUGCCCCGCCUCUCUCGUGGGUGAGUGCCAGGUGAAACUGCCUCUCCUCUCUGCCGUGCCGCGGAGAAGUGGCCCGCCGCCGCCGCCGCUGUGGGGUGCCGGCGGGGCGGAAGAUCUGUGAUUCUCUCAUGCAGCAUGUCAAGUGUCUUAUCGCCGCGCGGCCUCGGGGCCUCGGGGCCACGCCGCUGCGGGGACUGUGAUGGGCCGCCGGCGCCCGGUGAGUCGCCGAACAUUGUCUCAGCGCAUGCCCCGGCCGGCACCCGUGGACGUGCGAACAGUGGCUUACACACCAGAGAAGGUACAACCAAACCUUUUAUUCCCAAAAUAUAUAGUAUCAACCCUAUUUUGUGCAUGACCCUGUACAUACUACGUCUUGGAUAGGAAAAUCUUUAAAAUAUUUUUAUCCGAUGCCCGUCGCCGACAUGUUACGGAACCUGAGGAGAACCUUUGAUACGCAGCCUCUGUAGAUACUGUACAGUUUUUAAGACUCGAGGCCUUUCUGUUAUUGUGUUGUUCUUGUACCACAGAGCUACGGUUAGGGUGUGUCUUGUGUGCGCGGGGCACCACACAGUCAGGGGCGCUGCCGCCGCCACCGCUGCUGCUGCUGCCUCACGGGCGGAGCCUCGGCCAGCAAAGUUGCCAAAGACGUAAGCUUCACUUUUUGCCGCAGGCCCCGGGCGGAGGCGGCAGCAGCGGCGGCGGCGGUGGCGGCCGUGAGGGAGAUUUGUUAAUAUAUUGUGCUGGAGGAGGAAGGGAAAACUUAACUGUAAGACAUAUGCAAGAAGAUAUUAGGUAACUGACGUCUGCUGUACUUGUAAGAAAUUGUAUAGAUGUUCAGGAGACAUUUUCUUGGUUUGUACCGGCAAACUGCACCUGAUUUUACCAUAAUUAUAACUCCUGCUUCAAUUGGCUUGUAUUCUCACUCGGUUGAACAAGAAUGCUUUAAGUAUGCCUGCGGUUAUCAUUUGUCCACCGACCUGAGGCGCGGCGAGCUGUGGCGGAGACAGUGCGGCGGCGGCGGCGGCGGAACAGACCACACCGAACAGGCACUUAGUCACGGCACAAGAUCUUCCACCACCACCGCCUUGCCAGCCACUCACACACACACACAUACACAUACACACACGCACAUACAGACGCACACACAGUAGCCGCCAGACCGCCACCAUCACCACAGCUCCCGGAUGAAGUGUACGCUUUUCUGAGUCUCGUAGUGAAGCGCGAGAAUGAGAGUAAAAAGCGUAGUGAAGCCUUGACCAGCCUAUGACCGACCAGCCACUCUCUCCCUAUCAGCGGAUCACCCGACUGACUGAUUGACUGCCCCCACCCACUCACGUCUGACUGCAGGGACCCCUACCACCCACACCCUCACCCCUCCAUAGCCCCAUCAUCGGAGGGUUAUCGCAGACUCCCCCUCCCGAUCCUGCCCCCAAAGGUUCAUCACCAGCCUAGGGUCAAAACGAUGGUGUCAAAAAUGGUGUUAAAAUGAUACCCAUGGCUGUCGCUGCUUCCAUUUUUGUGUAAAUCUUCUCCGAGGGGUUGUAAACAGCAUCUGUCUGGCCUAGGGUGUGCGUCAGGGCGGGGUGUAAGGGUGUGUGACGCUCGGAGGGGGAAGGCGAGGAGGGGUGAGGUGUGGCGUUCGAGGGUGACUUGCCAAAACAGGUACAACUAAGAAGACCAAUUGUAGCUAAGCAUUUUGUACUGUGUGUUGAGGAUGCUGUGUACUGUUUUUUUGUAAUUAUAUGUUGUUAUACAGUU